ACAGAAGCUUUUUGGCAAAAAUACAGGAGUUAAUUUGCCAAUAUAAUUGCGGUCUGAUCAACACUGUUGUAAGGUAGCAGUUUGGCUAGCCGCUCUUUUCAAACAUUUUGUAUAACUUAUUUUUUGUGUCAGCCUUUGCAGCUCGAGACCGAGCAGCAUAACUAGCCAGCUUGUUACUACAGUAUUUGAAUUUGACAAGGCUGUUUUGACGUUGGAUAGCUAGCUACAUUCGCUGGUUGGAAAUUUCGAACAGACAUCACAUUUUAAGACGGGUUCAUUUGUUAGCUUCACACGCUAGCAAGAAAGCUAUACUUUUUUUUCUGUGCGGCUAAGUUUGAACGUACAUUGUUUUUGAAAGCCAUCUACUAAUAACUAACUAGCUACCGGUUGUCAUUUUACUUUGUCAACAACAAGGCGUGACGUUUGGUUCAACACUAAUUCUGCCUGCAAGAUUUUUGUUGGUGACUUCCACAAACGUUGGCUAGCAUUUACGUUAGUUUGCCAUCACUGACAGCGAUUGUAACCGCGAGCCAGCCUCAUUCAAGCGAAUUUGACAAAAACAAUUUAGCCAAUAAAUAAGCUAUCAAGCUGAUCAGAGCAGUAUCACAGCGAUAACUGACUUGUUAUCGAUAAAUUGCCUUGUGGGAGAUAUAUAAUCUCUUGCUUAUUUUAAUCAUUACCAAAAAAACGUGAAGUAGUUAACGUUAACCCACAGAAGUAGUUGUGUAUCCAAAUUCAUACCCGAAGUGUCAUCUUUUUGUCGGUGCUAUUGUUGAAAAUGGCGGCGAUCGAAAUGGUGCAGAUGUUGAUCGAAGCAGCAGAAUACCUUGAUCGCAGAGAAAGAGAAGCAGAACAUGGUUACGCCUCCAUGUUACCGUUCACCAGCAGCAAAGAGAAGGACAGCUUGAAACGGAAAAACAAAAACAAGAAGAACUCCAAUAGCAGAUCCACACACAACGAGAUGGAGAAAAACAGACGCGCACACCUACGGCUGUGUUUAGAGCGACUGAAAUCCCUCGUUCCAUUGGGACCAGACUCCAACAGGCAUACCACCCUCAGCCUGCUGAUGAGGGCCAAGAAACACAUCGUGAGGUUGGAGGAGAGCGAGCGGAGAGCCCAGCAUACCUUAGACCAGCUGCAGAGAGAGCAGAGGCACCUGCAACGGCGUCUGGAGCAGCUGGGGGUGGAGAGAACACGCAUGGACAGCACAGGAUCCAUUGUCUCCUCCGACAAUCCUGACUCAGACCAGGAGGAGGAGCUGGAUGUGGAUGUGGAGGGGACUGACUACCUGCUGGGGGAUCUGGAGUGGAGCACCAGCAGUGUCAGUGACUCUGAUGAGCGGGGCAGCCUGCGCAGCAGCUGCAGUGACGAGGGCUACUCCAGCGCCAGCCUGCGCCUGCGCAUGCAGAACCAGAACACUCAGGAGAAGGCCGAGCAGCUGGGCUGCAGCCUAUAAGAGCACAGCCCUCAACCUCUGACCCCUCCCCCCCAGCCCUCAUCCAAUCCUGUCCUUCUAUCGUCCAGUUAACUCCCGCCCUCCAACCAGUCUCUGCCAAUCAGACCUCACUCCCAGCAGGACUGGCCUGCUCUGACCAAGCCCCCUCCUUUCCAGCUGUAUUCCACCUCUUUCCCCCCUGAAACCCCCAAUGCAACACCUCUUAGACACACCCACCGUCCUAUCUCAACCAUCCAUCGGCCAACCAGAAUGGAGGAUCAGUCUGUGGCACUGCCCAAUCAGAGCUUUUUGAUGAGUGGGAUUAGGAAGACAAGACACUCCGUCCAUCCCUUUGUGUCCACCAGCCCUCCCCCUUCCUUCCUUCCUUCUGUCCUUCCUUCCUUCCUUCCUGCUCUGCUGUCUGUUUCAGUGUAAGAGCCAAGUAGAGGUGACUGACUUUUCACAUAUCCAUGCAGUGUCCCCCUUCCAGCGUCCGAAAACUUAAGACAGCUAGAGAAUGUGAUUACAACACCACACCUACACCCCACUGCCUCUCUCUCUUGUUCAGAAGCCAUCUGAAGCAAUCCAGUCAUCAUGAGAACCCCUCUCGACCCCCCAGCUCUAAAUCCCAUCUCGCCCAUUUCUCCCAUGAGACGCCCCUCCAUAGGUGGUGGUGGUACAGACAGCAGAGCUGUGCCACCUGACUAACCAAUCACAGCAUGGUAUUUUGGAACGGAGUAUAGGAAUGGAUGGUCUUGGUCAAAGAGCUGUGGCGUGGUCAUUUUAAACAAUCUACACUGCAGCUGUUGUAGUAAUGUUAUCAGGUGUAGUCUUUCAGUAAGUCUUUAUGGUAAAUAAUCGUCUACCUGCACUGUGCACGUGAAGCCUCACUGGGAGUUCUACGACGCUAAGCACGGCUGUGACGUCAUCCAUGUUCCACAACCUCUUCGUUGUUGUGGUCGGCAGCAAUACAUCCAUCCCUCUCUUCUCUACCAGGCUUAGCGGCUGGAUACAUACCUCCAUGUUUAUGGCUCUUAUGGGGUGGGGGGUUAUUAAGCUGUCAUUUGUUUUGUCCACACCUGCCAUUUCAGAUUUUUUAUGAUUGGGCGGGGAGUAGAACAAUGUGCAGCAUGAGAUUAAGGGUUGGGGGGGAUUGGGUUUAAGGCAACUUGUAUCUUCCUCUCUCUGAUGACGGUGGCGUCUAGCUUGUGUUUUAAUGUACGUGUCUGUGUUGCUGCUGGUCACGCACUGUAGCCAGUGGUAAUCACUUAAAUGUGUCUGAAGGGAAGUCACACAGACAGACAGUACAUUAACUGUUGAAAUAAACCACAUUCCAUGUUAGAGAGAAAGUAAGGUAUGUUAGUGGAGAAUUACCUUCCCCCAUAUUUAUGAGGGAGAGCGUUUUGCAGUUUUAAUGCCAGGAAGGAUCUAGCUAUCUGCUUCAGGUUACCCACAAGCAGAACACAACCGAUUUGGUGACUUGCUUUGCCUUUCAGUCAAAACACAGUACAAGGAAGGUCAACGUCUAUUGAGUUAGUUCACCUCUGAAAAGAGCAGAAAGGUUACUGUAAUAUACUCUGCCUGGCCUAUAGAGCUAUUUAUUAUUUUUAGCAAGAUGUAGUCAUGUUUAUGUAAAUAGUUUACACAGAAAGAGCUCUAUGUAUAUUGAAUAAAAAGUAUUUAUAUUAGAUCUAAAUAUAUAGAUAUAUCUAUUUAAUUAGUUAUCGCUUUAGUUAUGUUAUUCUUGUGAGGUUUUCUAUGUGUGGUCGCUUUGCACAUCAUAGUCAAUCCAUAGCUUUUUAGAACUGUCUUUUGUGCCUAUAGACUUUUGUGUCCUUUCAGAAAUUGGCACGGUGCUCCUAGAAAUGAAUGAAAUUGUUUUGUGGUUGAUUAUAUUAAAAAAAUAAAAAAAAAUAAAUACAUCCUCUGUCAAUAGGGAAAUAAUUUAAAAUAAUAUAAUUUCAAAAAAAAAUGAAUAUAAAAAUGUAUAUAAUUUUAGAGGAGCUGGUGUUGGUGCUUUGGCAUUGCUGUGACGAUGGGAAGCUACAGUGGGUUUUCACCCUUCUUUGUGCCUGAGAGCCUGAAAUAAAAUGGCUCCUUGACCCAAGAGAUUAUAACAUAGUGUAGCGAGAGGAGGAAAUGGUGGGUUCAAUAACCUGGGGAUAAACUGGAGAGGAUUGCAGCAGCGGUUGAAUGUAGUUGACUAGCCUAUAAUCGAUCUCCUGCACUGUUGCAGCGCAAUGGCGAACCUCGAACGUGUGUCACAUGCAGAAUCUCGUUAGAAUGGGAAGAUGGUCGAUACACAGACAAAAAAAAAAUAUAUGAAAUAUAGGAUUAGGGUUGUUUAGUGUCUUGUGUGGAAUGCUGCACUUCUGUGUCACUUAAAAAAACGUAUCCAAAAGGAGAGGAACGAUGUAACCAUGCUAGAAAGGGGAUUGUUGUGAAUUGUGCCCCUGGCUGAAACUGGUGUUAUGGGGCAGGUGUGUGUGCUGGAAUGCUGUAGGUUUGAGUCGGGGUGUGUGUAUGUCCCGUCACUGUCUUCAGAGAGAAACUAUAAGGGUUUGGGAGGGGGAGGGUUGUUUUGAAUGGGGGGGGGGAAGAUUAGCACUUGUAUGGAUGUUUUUUGUUGUUUACAAGUAAAAAGGUGCACACACAACAACAACAAAAAGCCCACGUCUUCAAAGAAGACCUCAUGUAUUAUUAAAAGAUCAAAUGGGAUCUUAAGCACUUACAAAUUCAUAACAUAUUGUAGGAAUUGGAAUUCGUAACAUACUGUAUCAUACGAAUUGCAAAAAAAAGAAAAAGGAUGGCGUGCACAAUUUUCUGGGACCCGUUUUGUCUUGAGUGCUACUUUCUAAACUACUGGUUGAAAAUAUACGAAACCUCUGUAGCAUCACUUUAACCUAAGCAUUGUCUGUUAUUCGGGGGCCACACACUCUUCUCUUUCCCUCCGUCCAUGGCCUGUUUUUCUGUGUCUUCCACUCCUCGUGUGUGAAUGUGGCUCCCAUAGAGAAGAGACCCUGAUUCAUUUCUAUGGUGGUCCCCCCCCCUCUCCACAUGCUGUGGGCCAGCCACCAUGGUGCAGAGGGAGCCUGAGGGAGCAGACUGGGCUGUUUGUACAGUAUAGCUGCAGCUCUCCUCCCUCCCUGUAUUACACUUUAACACCCCUGGUGCUUCAGCAUCUGCCUUAAUAGCAGGUGUGGAUUCUUAAAGAACAAGCAGAUCACUGCAGUUGGCUUCUGUGUAGUCCUGUGUAAGCUAUAUGGGAUAUCACCCUGGGAAUUCAAUUUUAUAUUUUAUUUUAGUGUAUAUUUGGGUUAGGUUCGUACGAAGUGGCUUAAGCCUUAAAACAGACAACUGUAAGAGAACCAUAGUAAAGUAUAUUAUAUAUGAAUGUAUAUAAUGUAAGUGUAGACGUGUUAUUACGAAUGUCAUUAUUUUCAUUGUAACUGUCUCGGGUGUGUUGCUCUCCCUCAUACGCGCACACACGUUGUCAUACACGCACGUCAGAAAAACAAUGGCUUAAGGGUUUGUUCAACUAUUAAAAAGGUGGAUAUUUUGCGCACUUACAUUUUAGAAUUGGGGAAUUUGAAUAUUGACUUUAAAAGAAAGCACUUAAACAUUUCGGAGGAAGGGGGGGGGGGAAGGGGGAAAUGUGGAACAGUAAUUUAUAUUUGCCAGUGAUAUGAAAGGAAUAAAACAUCUCCCAACCUUGUUUACCUAGCUA